AAAAUAAGAAUAAUACUUGCACGAUCAUGAAUCGCCUCCCGGGGCGGCUCUGUCUGCACUCUGCGGGAGGCUUUCCCUCCGAUAAAGGUGAAGGGACGAAGAGACAGAGCAGGCGAAGAAAGGAGCGGGAGUGUGUUUUUCCAUCUCUUUCACGCUUCUCUCUUCCCCUCUCGUUUCUUCUCCCUGACCCUUCCUUCUGCUCCCAAUGGAAGGCGAAGGUGAAGGUAUCAUCACCACCACCACGGCUACGGCGUCCGCCGCUACGGCCACAUUAUCUCCGCCUCAAGAUCCCGAUGUAUUGCCUGCCGGAUCCCUCGAAGACCCCGUCUUUCAGCUAGAAGCAGUCCCGUGUCACCCAUCUGAGACGGCGCCGCUCACCGGCGAUCUCCGUGACAAGAUCAUCAAGCAGGUAGAGUAUUAUUUUAGUGAUGAGAAUUUGCCUACUGACAAGUAUAUGAUGGGUUUUGUGAAGAAGGACAAAGAAGGAUUUGUUCCUAUUGGAGUUAUUGCUUCUUUUAGGAAAAUGAAGAAGCUUGUCCGAGACAGUUCACUAAUAGUGGUUGCACUUAGGGAAUCCUCUUUGCUUGUUGUUAGUUCAGACGGGAAAAAGGUGAAGCGACUUCACCCUCUUCCAUUUACAGAGAUCAAAGACCCGAAGUUAUGCACGGUUUUGGUCGAGAAUUUACCAGAGGAUCAUUCUAGAGAGAACAUUUGGAGAAUAUUUGGCAAAGUUGGAAACAUAAAAAAUAUUUGCAUCCGUAACCCACAGGCCAUUGAUGAGUCAACGAAAGGUGGCAAGAUGGAGAAGCUGAUCAGUAAUAAGAUACAUGCUCUCGUCGAGUAUGAGACUGUGGAGGCUGCUGAAAAGGCUGUGGCUACAUUAAAUGAUGAGCAAGACUGGAGAAAUGGCAUGCGGGUCAAGCUUCUCAAGCGAAUGGGCAAGCAUGGGCUAAGAAGAAAAGGCUGGAGGGACCAUGAUUCUGAUAAGAAUACUGAUGUCCAAUCAUCUGGUCCAGCCAGAGAUGAAAAAGACCAUAAUUUUAGUGAUGAGACACCUGAAGAAGGGGACGGGGAACACUCGAAGGAGAAAAAUGAGCAGAAAGGUCAAAACCAGGGGAGAUCGAGAAGACAGAAAUAUCGCGGCAUGAACGGGCAGGGGCAUGGAGGUAUUUCCUCUAGUCAUGUUGAAGCCUCAAAGCCACCGCCUGGUCCAAAAAUGCCUGAUGGAACUAGAGGGUUUACAAUGGGACGUGGCCGCCUGCCUGCCCUCCAGUUCCUUGCGCGGGGCGAGAGUUAUUAAGAGUUCCAGGUUAUUCCUGUGUCAUAUUUUGUGCUAUUUUGGCCAAGGUUGGUGGUGUUAAGUGUUGGGUAUGCACCAACUAAAUACACGUUUGUGAAGCUUUUUGGUUUGCAAAUGAAUUCCAGUACUGCAAAGUUGUGUGGAUUA